AUGCUGCCGCAAGGGGGAGCCAUUGAAACGUUGGAAUCGGAUUGUAAUCGUGAAGUGACCUGUCGUAAGCCGAGGACUGCCUGUAACCCGCUUACUUUUCUGGCAGGGGUCUUUACGACUGGCCAAACUGCUGAUGGCUUUGACCAGGCCUUCCAGGUCAACCACUUGGGCCACUUCCUGCUGACCCACCUGCUCCUGGACCGGCUGAAGCGCUGCGCCCCGAGCCGGAUCGUAAUCCUGUCCUCGAAUAUGCAUUUCUUUGGGAAGAUCGACUUUCGGACCAUCCACAAGCCAGGAAAGGGGUUAUGGGAGAUGCUAACAUCCUACAACAGCAGCAAACUAGCCAACAUUGUCCACGCCAGAGAGUUGGCCAAGCGGCUGGAAGGAACCAACGUCACCUGCUACGCGGUUCAUCCAGGAUCUGUUAGAACCGAACUUGGUCGCUCUUUUCCACGAUGGGUAUUUCAGGUGUUUGGGUUCAUGAAGACAUCAAGAGACCAUCAGUAA